AUGGCACCGAGAGCACGCUCCUUGCCUCCACUCUUCUACGAGCAGGUGGUGGCCACACUGGCCCGCUGCGGCUGCCAGGUGUGGCAGUUGAAGGCUCACGAACAGUCGCCCUUGCUGUCCACGCGGCGGAACUCCGAAUGGUCUCACGUCUGGGGCAUUGUUUCGGACAACAUCGAUUGGGCUGUGGUUCCAGGGAUGAAGCUGAUCCCCUUAUCCCUCUUUGAUUUGGAUGGCAUCGUGAAGCCCAAGCAGGAUGCCGCCAUGGGAUGGCCGGAAGUUGAGAGCUUUCAUGUGGCCUACACCUCGGCGGAGGUCAUCGCGGAACACUUGAGGUUGGGGCAUCCUCCCAAGGAAGAGGAGGUGAAGGACUAUGUGGCGAAAGGCAAAGGAAAGGGAAGCUUUGGAAAAAGAAACUGGCCCUUCAAGUGGUGGUUUGAGUCUGUACUGAUGGAGCUCUGUUUGCUGAUUGGCACUGACGCCACCACACCUUUCAUUCAGGAGUUUCUGGGGGAAGCCAUUCCUUUAGUUUGGCAUGUUGGAGACCCGGAUAGGCUCUAUUCCAAGAAGUUGCGCUGGAGGGACGUGCACCUGGAGGACGUGGACUUUGGCCUGGCAUUGCACUGCUCGCGCAAGGUCUAUGAGCAGGACAUCAACGGCUUACACAAGGCGGUUCAGUCCUUGGAACAGCGUAAACAAGCAGCUGGCGAGAAGGUCCCACCGCCCAUUCGGGAGGAGCUGGAUCUGCCUGGCGCCUGUACACCGUUGGUGCGCAGCGCCGCCGUGACGGGACGCGUCUGGCUGGAUGUGUAUUUGGAGGAUGUGGCCCGACUUGGAGCCCCUUCGACUUGUCAGCUCUUGUUGGACUUGCGGCGAGUUCUGUACCGACUCUGCGGCAGGGACAGCGUCACCGAGACACGCGGUGACCACUCAGGAGUGAGCAGCAGCAAGCUCACCUUGCCGGAGGGACCGCUUCCGACGGCACAGGUGAUGCAGAGAUGGCCCUGGGCACAUCGCUGGCAGAUGUUUCGCUCAAUCAUCGAACACAACUUGCUCCAAAAAGCUGAAGGUGAGGGCAGUGAGGCCGGUAUUGAGAGUGCCGUGUACAUGGCCUACGAGGAGAGAAAAACAGAUGAGCCCGUGCCGGAUUGGGCACAUGGUUCCUUCGCUGCCAUGGUGUUGGAGUAUGUGGCAUCGCUGAAUCGAAGGCCCGAACAGGCCAUGCUACGUGAGCACGAGUUUGAUUCUUUGGCAGCCACUAUAGCAUUGAGCUGCGACAUCUCUUUACCGGGUGCGCCAUUUGCCAAAGCUGCACCACAGUUGCAGCAGAAGUUGCAACAGAUCAAGGGCUUGAUGGUCCAGGUGAUCACCAGUCAUUUCCACGCAAAUUCAGAGGUUCGAAUGCCCACCCGAGGAAUUGCAGUCGCAACUUACUUCCAAGCCUCCGCCCAGCUUCUGAUGGAUGUGGCGAGGAUGCUAUGGCUCGAUGCCGACUUCGGGCAAGGAGCUAUGAUCUUUGUCCCUGAACCGCGCGAGAUCUUCUCUGCGCCUAUCUUCGCGGCCUUGUACAUGGCUGGCAGCUACGAAGCUUGGGAGAUGUUGUUGCCAGAGACGGAGUCCGGGUGGCAGUGGGAGGAGGUGAUGAAUCAGCUAGUGGAGCUACGCCAUGCAGUGCUGUGGUCCAAUCCUUUCCGAACCUGGAGGGAGGAGUUGCUGUGGAGCCUCAGUCCCGGGAUGAUUGUGUGGCCCACCGAACGCCAGCUGGAAGAGGAGAGGAAGAAGUCCUCACAUGUGGAAGAGCUGCCCAUUGACGAACAUCGCGACAAGUCCCUGGGUGAUCAGAAAUGGGUCAAGGCGAAAUGCCCUGAGAAGUUCGCCUGGGAAUGCGACGAUGGCAUGUGGGUCAUGGGCCCCAUUGGCGAUACACUGCUGAAGAAGUUGCGUGACCAGGGGCCUCAGGGGACUGAGGCCGAAACAGGGGCCGAAACUGGUCGUGCGAAGGCCUCCUGCGUCUCCCGGCUGGAGCUGUGGGGAAUGAAUUGGGAAUUGGUGAUUUUUGAUCCCAGAAAGUUAGCGGAUUUGGAUGGAUUUGGGACCGCCCCGGCUGACUUCAUUGUGGCAUUGCGUCAGUAUGACCCGGUGCUCUUUGUUCCAGAGUCGCUGAUGGAUGGUUUGGAGGUCGCCUCUGACCUGAAAUCAGCAGCCAAGAGAUUGAUGGACGAAGCCACCAGCGAAACGGCGGAUGGACGCUUGGAGCUGCUGCCGGGCUUGCCGCCCCACGAAGUCUAUUUUGAGAUCUACGAGCCCAUUCCCAACGGCGCUCCCGUCUUCGCCUCUGAACGCGGCGGCGUGCUGUGCCGCUUUCGGAUCCGGGAAGAGCGAUGGCAUCGAGACGUCCAGGGCGGUAGCAUGAAGGUGACCCUCAAACGCCUCGCCAACCUACAGUUUACCUGUAACGAGAUGUUGAUUCCGGAACUUCUGGACUGGUGUGAUGGCUACAAGGCCAUUAAGGGGAAAAGGAUGGCUGAGAAGGCCUCGCAGCUCGAGGAGGAGACGGAACUCGCUAAGCAGCGCCACAAACGCAGCGUGGAGCGGUGUCGAAACCCCGCGCAGUAUCGCGAGAGUGCUGAGCUCGUGGAGCGAGGCCGCCUUAGAGCCAAGAAGUUGGGCGAACUUGCGGGAAAGGCCGUGGAACAAGAGAUUGAAAAUGCGGUGGAAAUCUGCAAGUGCGGAUACCAUCAGAUCUGGCAUCAGGCGAGGCAUCUGAUCGAUGCCAAACUGGGGAUGCCCAUUUUUUCGAAAAAAACACGGUUUUAG